GUGGAGCCUUUGGGAGUAAGCAGAAUGAAAUCUCGUCCAUUGCGUGUAUGUUUUAUGCAAGCAGUUUGUUUGUGGUGCAGUAAACUAACCAGUAUUUUCCCUCUCAUCUCUGAAAAUCACACCUAAAGGAGAGUGAGUGUAACUAGAAUUCAUAAUCAUCACUGAGAUUCUGUAUAUGCAUUCACUCAUUCAUGCUCUCUUAUUUAGGCGCCGUCUUCGUCAUGACCUCAGAACAGAAUGAAAUUGUGAACAUACAUAACAGUCUGAGGAGGGGUGUGAAACCACCAGCUAGCAACAUGUUGAAAACGAGCUGGAACAAGGAGGCUGCAGCCAACACUCAGAAAUGGGCCAACACCUGCUCCAUGAACCACAGCCCUGCCAGCUCCAGAGAGAUCAGCACGGGCGACUGUGGGGAAAACCUGUACAUGUCCAGCAACAAGAACACCUGGAGUAGCGCCAUCCAGCGGUGGUACGACGAGGUGCAGGACUGGCGCUACGGAGUGGGAUCAGUCAACGGAGGAGUGGUCGGACACUUCACUCAGAUUGUUUGGAACAAGUCUAAGCAGAUUGGAUGUGCCAUGGCUCACUGUCCCAACUCUAAAUACAAGUACUUCUACGUCUGCCACUACUGUCCACCCGGGAACUACAAUUACACUAACCCCUACAAGUCAGGACCCUCCUGCGGCGACUGCCCCAACGCCUGCGACAACAAACUGUGCAAAAAGUAACUGCCAAGCUGAAGCAGCAGUGGGGCUGCAGCCAUAAGGAAGUGGCCUCCUGCAAGUGCACCAAUCAGAUCAGCUAAAUACGACAUGCCCUCUGACUCGGUAGCUUGAGCUAAUAAAUGGCCUCGCAAAUUAAA